AUGGUGAAGUUCAAUAUGUAUGGCCGAGGCCUAGGGCUUCGGAUGGCGAUUCUGUUCACUUGUCAAUUCGCAUUCAUUUUCUUCGGCUAUGAUCAGGGUGUGUUCUCAGGUAUCGUCGGCAAUGAAGAUUUCCUCAAAGUCAUGGGUCAUCCAAGCCCCGGCAUUUUAGGAAUUAUAGUCUCAAUUUACAAUCUGGGGUGUUUCAGUGGCACAAUUGUCGCCUUUCUGGCCAGUGACAAGUUAGGUCCCCGAAAGUCCAUGUGGUUUGCUAUGAUAUGGAUCAUUGUCGGAGCAACACUACAGACCGCCUCAUACUCCAGAGCCCAAAUGCUUGUGGCACGAUAUGUCACCGGAAUAGGCACCGGUAUCGAAACUACGGUAGUACCCGUAUACCAGUCGGAGUUGGUCGAAGCGCGAAAACGUGGGAAAUACGUGUGCAGUGAAGCCCUGUUCGUCGGGGUUGGUAUCGUCAUUGCAUACUGGUUUGACUACGGGAUGAGCUAUGUCGAUGGCGCUGUGAGCUGGCGACUUCCUGUUGCGUGUCAAAUGAUUUUUGCCAUCACGGUCAUCUUUCUAGUCUUUGGGCUCCCAGAAAGUCCUCGAUGGUUGUAUCGACAAGGCAGGCAAGAUGAAGCAUUACAGACUUUAUGCGACGUUUACGACAGAACACCGGAUGAUCAGAAGGUUGUUGAUGAAUCAGAGGGCAUUCUUGAAGCGAUUGAACUGGAAACCCAGCAUGGAGAAUACCAAUGGUCCCAGAUCUUUAAGAAGGACGAAGUGCAAACCGGUAAACGAGUUUUACUGGCUUAUGGCAUUCAAUUCAUGAACCAGAUGGGCGGGAUCAACUUGGUUGUCUAUUAUGUCACUUCUGUUCUCGAGUAUAACGUGGGACUCGGCCGGAAGCUGAGUUUACUACUUGGUGGUGUCAUCCAGGUUAUGUUUGUCAUAGGCUCCUUGUAUCCUACUUUCUUCUCGGAUCGUUUUGGGCGUCGAAAGCCCAUGAUGUGGGGAUCAUUCGGUCUUUUCAUCUGCAUGAUGAUGAUCUCAAUCCUUCUCUCAUUCCAAGGAACUCCUCAGCAGAAACCAACAGCCUCCGCCUGCGUGGCAUUUUUCUUCCUGUUCAUGCUCAUCUUCGGAGCAUCUGUCAACUGCAUCCCAUGGGUGUAUGGGCCUGAGAUCCUCCCUUUACACGUCCGUGCAAAAGGCCAAGCGAUCGGCGUGAGUUCAAACUGGCUGUGGAAUUUCUUUGUCGUUAUGAUUACACCAACCCUGAUCGAGAAUCUGGCCUGGAAGGGCUACCUCAUCUUCAUGUGUUUGAACCUGUCUUUUGUGCCUAUCAUUUACUUCUUCUACCCCGAGACGGCGAACUUGACGCUCGAAGAAAUCGAUUACCUCUUCACGGAUAGACGGCAAGGGUCUGUUCAUCCUCGUGUGCCUACUCCGGAUGAAGUCCAUGAAGUUGGUGGGGAGAAGAGUGAGUGA